AUGGGUGCCGAGCCCUUUUCCCAAUCCCAAUCCCAAACCCAAAACCAUAACCAUCACUUCCGCCACGCCCCCUUCGUUCUCGGUCUCCAGCCCUCCGCGCUCGUCGACAAUGUCGCCACCGUCGAUUGGUCUCUCCUCCGUCAAAUUCCUGGCGAGCGCGGUGGCUCCGUUCCCGUUUGUAUUCAAGAACUGGAUAACAUACUACGCGAAGUUAAAUCCAACUCCCUCGAUGCUCAUUCUUCCAUGCAAACUCUUGCUGGUGGCAGCGUUGCCAACACAAUUCGCGGGCUCAGUAGCGGUUUUGGAAUUUCAAGCGGAAUUAUUGGCGCCUACGGGGAUGACGAACAAGGCCAGCUUUUUGUUAGCAACAUGACCUUCAAUGGCGUUGACCUCUCACGACUCCGCAAGAAGAAAGGAUACACGGCACAGUGUGUUUGCUUGGUUGAUGACUUGGGGAACCGUACAAUGCGACCUUGUCUCUCAAAUGCUGUCAAAGUUCAGGCACAAGAAUUGAUGAAGGAGGAUUUCAAGGGCUCCAAGUGGUUGGUGUUGAGAUAUGCAAUACUCAACUUGGAAGUAAUUCAAGCAGCAAUUCAUUUAGCCAAACAGGAAGGCCUUCUUGUUUCCUUGGAUCUGGCCAGUUUUGAGAUGGUCAGGAACUUUAAAUUACCGCUUCUAAAGCUACUGGAAUCUGGGAACAUAGACCUUUGCUUUGCCAAUGAGGAUGAGGCAGCUGAACUUCUAAGGGGCGAACAGAACGCUGAUCCUGUAGCUGCUGUAGAAUUUCUUUCGAAAUACUGCCAAUGGGCUGUAGUAACAUUGGGCUCUAAUGGGUGCAUUGCUAAACAUGGAAAGGAAAUAAUACGUGUCCCGGCCAUUGGGGAAACAAAGGCCACUGAUGCUACAGGAGCAGGGGACCUUUUUGCAAGUGGAUUUUUGUAUGGAGUGAUCAAGGGUUUGUCACUAGAAGAAUGCUGCAAAGUAGGCGCAUGCAGUGGUGGAUCUGUCAUCCGGUCUCUUGGUGGUGAGGUGACAUUCGAGAAUUGGCAAUGGAUGUACAAGCAGAUGCAGAUCAAGGGUCUUUCCAUGCCUGCAGAUGUGUGCAUGCAAAUGAAUAUAGCGAAUAAUUAA